AUGGCAGGGCUGAUGGUUGCAGGAGCAUUUCUUACACCUGUCAUUCAAGUCAUUGUGGAGAGGGUUGCCUCAGGAGAUUACAAAGACAUCUUCAGCAAACGAUUGGUGAAUAAACUUCAAAUCACAUUGAAUUCUAUCAAUCAAGUGUUGGAUGAUGCAGAGAGAAAGCAGUAUCAGAACCGAAAUGUGAAGAUUUGGCUUGAUCAUAUAAAACACGAGGUAUAUGAAGUAGAUCAGUUGUUGGAUGAGAUUGCUACAAGUGCACAACGAAAGAGUAAGGUUAAACACUUGUUUUCAUCUCUGACUAAUCAGUUUGAAUCUAGGAUAAAAGACUUGCUAGAUAAGUUAGAAUAUCUUUUAAAGCAAAAUGAUGUGUUGGGAUUGAAAGAAGGAACACAUGCUCGCAAUGAACUUGAAGUCGGUCCAGAAUCUUCAAAAAGAGUGCCAACGACGUCUUUGGUGGAUGAAUCUAGAAUAUGUGGUAGACAGGGUGAAAAAGACGAAAUUAUCAAUUUCUUACUUUGUGACAAUGGUAGUAGUAGCAACCAAGCACCAAUAAUCAGCAUAGUGGGUCUUGGUGGGAUGGGUAAAACCACCCUUGCUCAGCUUGUCUACAAUGACCAAAAGGUUCAAAAGAGCUUUGAGCUUAAGGCUUGGGUCUAUGUUUCAGAAUCAUUUGAUGUUAUUCGACUCACUAAAGCAAUUCUCGAGUCAUUUGAUUCUUCACCAAAUAGUGAAAACCUAGAAAUACUUCAACGUCAAUUGCAACGGAAGGUUAUGGACAAGAAAUAUCUGCUUGUUCUAGAUGAUAUUUGGAACGCAAAUGAGAAAUUUUGGGAGCAACUACUAAUUCCCUUUUACAAAGGAUCUUCCGAGAGUAAGAUAGUUGUGACAACACGAAAUAAGGAUGAUGCAUUGGCCAUUGGAUCUGCCAAGUUACUUGAAUUAAAACAAUUGGAGGAGAGUGAUUGUUGGAGUUUAUUUAUGAGACAUGCUUUUCACGACAGAAACGUGAAUGAAUAUCCAGAUCUUGAAUCAAUUGGAAAGAUGAUUGUAGACAAAUGUGGAGGGUUGCCAUUAGCUGUAAAAACAAUGGGGAGCCUCUUGAGAAGAAAAUUCUCUCGAAGUGAAUGGGAUCAAAUAUUGAAGACUGAUAUGUGGUGUUUAUCAGAGAGAGAUUGCGACAUAAAUCCAGUAUUGAGACUGAGUUACCAUAAUCUUCCUUCAAAUUUGAAAUGUUGUUUUGCAUAUUGUUCCAUAUUUCCUAAGGGCUAUGAGUUUGAUAAGAACAAGUUAAUCAAACUUUGGAUGGCAAAUGGUUUGCUGAAUUCCUACAAAAGUGACAAAAGUAAAGAAGAACUGGGUAGUGAAUUAUUCAAUGAUCUUGAGUCAAUUUCGUUUUUUCAAAGAUCACGAAAUUUUCAUUUUGAUGGUUGUUUUGUCAUGCAUGAUCUUGUCAAUGACUUGGCAAAAUCAGAGUCUCAAGAGUUUUGCUUACAAGUGGAGGGUGAUAAGGUGCAAGAUAUAUCUGAAAGGACACGCCACAUUUGGUGCUCUCUUGAUUUGAAUGAUGGUGAAAUAAAAUUAAGUCACAUUUGUAGAAUUAAGGGAUUACACAGCUUGUUGGUAGAACCGCCACGAGACUAUGGGGAAUGCUUCAGGAUAAGCAACAUUGUGCAAUGUGAUCUGUUUUCAAAACUAAAAUAUUUGCGGAUGUUGUCAUUCAAUGGUUAUACUUAUGAACUCAAAGAGCUAGAAGAUGGGAUAGGAAAUUUAAAGCUUUUGCGCUAUCUAGACCUAUCUUGGACAAGUAUUAAAAGGUUGCCCGAUUCUAUUUGUAAGCUUUACAAUUUAGAGACACUGAUAUUGAGAAGUUGUUGUAGUUUGGCUGAACUUCCUGUAGAUUUUUACAAACUUGAACGAUUACGCCAUAUUAAUCUAGAAAAAACUCCAAUAAAGAAGAUGCCAAAGAACGUAAGGAAACUAAACAAUCUACAAACCCUGACUAACUUUGUUGUGGGUGAGCCAAGUGGGUCUGAUAUUGAGGAGUUAGAUAGUCUCAAUCUUCUUCAAGGAAAACUCCAUCUUUCAGGACUGAACAAUGUGAGCAAUCCAGCACAUGCUGUAAAGGCCCGUUUGCAAGAUAAGAAGUCUUUAGAAAAAAUACGUAUGACAUUCGAUUUAGGAGGAGAAGAAAUGGAUGGUUCAACAGUGGAAAACAAUGAGUCUGUCUUGAAAGCCCUUCAACCAAAUAACAAUCUGAAAAGGCUCACCAUUAAGAACUACAAUGGCAAUAUGUUUCCAAUUUGGCUAAGGGAUUGUGAUUUACCCAACUUAAUAUCUCUUAAACUGCAUAACUGUGAAGGAAUAAAGAUCUUAGGCAAUAACUCAACAAAUGUUCCGUUCAAGUUCCUUGAAGUUUUGGAUUUUUACCGCAUGUCUGAAUGGGAGGAAUGGUUAUGUAUCGAAGGGUUUCCUCGACUUAAAGAGCUUUCUAUAAGAUAUUGUCCCAAAUUGAAAAGGGCACUGCCUCAACAUCUUCCUUCAUUACAGAAAUUGAUGAUUAUUGGCUGUGAAAUGCUGGACGUAUCAAUUCCCAACUGUGAGAAUAUCAUAGAGUUAUAUCUACACAAUUGUAAUAAAAUUUUGAUAAAUGAGUUGUCAUCCAGCUUGAAAAGGUUCAUCCUUGACAAAAACCAGUACGUUGAGUUCCCUAUGGUUCAUUUAAUCAACAAUUCCAUUCUGAAAGUGUUGAAGUUGGAUUUCAAGGACUUUGUAGAAUGUCCAUCUUUAGAUUUGUGUUGUCAUAAUUCUCUUGAUACUCUUACAAUAACAGGAUGGCAGUCCUUCUCAUUGCCUUUUUCAUUACACUUGUUCACCAAUCUUGCUUCUCUAGUGUUGUAUGAUUGUCCAGAGCUUGAAUCUUUUCCUAUGGGAGGUUUGCCUUCCAACUUGAGCAACCUUGAAAUAUGUAAUUGCCCAAAACUGAUUGCUUCCAGAGAGGAAUGGGGCUUGUUCCAACUCAACUCUCUAUACCGAUUUUUUGUUAGUGAUGAUUUUGAAAACGUGGAGUCCUUCCCCGAGGAGAAUCUACUCCCACCAAAUUUGAAUAUUCUUCUCUUACAUGAAUGUUCCAAACUAAGAAUAGUGAACUACAAGGGACUUCUCCAUCUCAAAUCUCUCCGUUGUAUAAGUGUUCACAACUGCCCUAGUCUUGAGACCUUGCCGGAGGAGGGUCUACCCAACUGCCUAAAUGCUUUGAUCAUUGACCGUUGUCCAUUACUUGAGGAGAAGUACAAAGUGGAUGGAGGAGAGCGUUGGCAUACAAUUAGUCACAUCCCAUUUGUGAGGAUUGACUUGAUUAACCAGCAUUAG